AUGCAGACCCGAAUCGUGUCGGCCAUUGAGCUAUCGGUGGACGAGUGUCUGGCCAUUGGAUACCGAAAGUCGGAUCUGUCGUGUCUUUCGUGCGAAGAACUGACAAAAUUUGAUUUGUUUUCACUGAAAGACUCGUGUCUUAAAUGCUGUUCAAAGGACGCGACCGAAGAGGGCGUCAAAGUAAUGAUAAGACAAUUUGUUUUGUCGGUUAUAUUCACAGACUUUAAUCCAAUUGUCUUUUGUCUGUCAUUAGAAGUACGCUUCGGCCCGACUCGAGCGUUCAUAAGAGGCGAUAAAAGCAAGAAAUUCCCGAAUUUGUCCGUUAAGUACAUGAGAGGCGCGGAUCCAGUGAUCAAGUUGUUGGACGCCGCGGGCGAGGAAGUGGAUGAGUUAAACAUCCAGAAGUGGGACACAGACACUAUCGACGAGUUUCUUGAGCAACAUUUAGCCGAUUAGAUGUGAAUGCAUUGAUUUGAAUGGAAAGCUAUUCUUUCGCAAUACAUGUCUAUCACUGUUGAUGACAACGAGUCUAAACAAAUCCAUUCUUCUGUGGAAUUGAUUCGUUCGAUGGAUAUGUCAUGUAUUGAUUGUUUCGAUUCAUAAUUUAAAUAAACUAUUUUUUAUUGAAAUCAA